UUUUUUUUUUUUUUUUUUUUUUGUUUUUUCAUCACUACAACACUCAUUGGGAACAGGAGACACACCCGUUUUUCGCUGCUCGGUUUCACUGUUAAAAUCAAGCCAAACUCAAACACUCGUGUCGACGCCUUUCCCGUUUUGUUCCGUGGACGCACGCGCUGUCUGAACUCGAGCCAUGUCGCUACUACGACAAGACAACACGCUGUUUGUCAAUGUCAUUGAGGGCAAGGGCAUGCGUAACGGCGAGGUCAAGGACGCCUACUGCACGAUUCGCUUUGACGACCCCAAAGACCUGGUGCGAACCCAGACCCAAUACGGAACUCCGACUCCGGUUUGGGGUGAAGAGUAUCACUUCGAGGUCUAUCCGAACUUUCAAGAACUCUGCCUCGUUGUGUUUGAUCAUCCAGACUCUAGCAAAGCGGACGGUCGACCUGUCGGCAAGGUUUGCGUCUCAAAACAGGCUUUGCGGGCCGACCCGCAGGAAUGCGAGCAGUGGUUUCCAAUGACUCGUGUUGAGGACUACCACACCCCUGGCAAGGUCCAAGUGCAGGUUCUGAAGCGAAAAAGCAAGAACGGUGUUGACAUUGACGUUGGCAUUUUGGAGCUUCGAGCUUUGGAUGGCGCCCAGCUUUACGACACUUGCAGCACUUAUUUCGAAGUGGCCCUCUUCCGACGAAACCAGCGAGUGUCCAACAAGCUCCGCACUGCCACCGCCAAGCACAUUCCUCAAUCGUACAUUAACGAAACAUUCGAAUUCCACGUUCCAGAUGACACUGGAAUUGAAGUCAAAAUCUUGUAUUACAAGUACCACCGCUGGCGGCCGAAUGGGAUGCUUGGACGAUGUGUUGUGCCCUUGAGUCAGAUUCCGUUGAAGGUGCCGCUCACCGCGUUUUACGACUUGGAACCCAAGUCUUCCCCUGAAAACAACGAGCUAGGCCUGCUCAAGUUCAAGUACAAGUACACGGAGGAAUUCAUUCUGCCACUCCAAGAGUACGAGGAACUGCUGGACUUGCUUCUCGAUGAGCAGCUUGCCGUGAUUAUCGCGCUGGGAAAGCUCGCAACGGAUCGCGAGGACGUUGCGCGCACUCUGCUGCGCAUUUUUGACGGCAAGACCGUGACACCAAAGUACGUGCGACUCAUGUACAUGCUGGAUAUCAAGCACACUGUUGCGGCCAACGACGUCAAUUUGCUCUUCCGUGGCAACUCGAUUGGCACCAAAACGGUUGAAAUGUACAUGAAGCUCGUUGGCCAGCAGUACUUGACCGCCGUUCUCAAGCCGUUGAUCAAGGGCAUCUACGACUGCCCUCAAUCGUGCGAAGUCGACCCUACCAAGCUUGCGCCAGGCGAAGACCUUGCGGCAAACCAAGAGCAGCUCCGGAAGCAUCUCAGCCACUGCUUUGAGGUCAUUUUCGCCUCCAAGGACCGAAUCCCGCCUCGCUUCCGCGAACUCUUCCACGAAAUGCGAAAGACGGUCGCGGCUCACUUUUCCGAGGCGCGCGUGCCCAUGCAUGCUGUCAGCGGCUUUUUGUUCUUGCGCUUCUUCUGCCCUGCGAUUCUUUCGCCAAAGAUUUUCAAGGUUCACGAUGACCAUCCGAACAAAACUGCCAAACGCGCACUCGUUCUUGUCGCCAAGCACAUUCAGCGCCUUGCGACGCUCACUGAAGGCAGUGUGGGCAAGGAGGACUUGCUCCGCGAGUCUGAGGAGGUUCUCGAAUCGCAGCGCCAAGGGAUGUAUCGAUUCAUUGAUGCUCUUUCGAGCGAACCGGAGGAGCUGCCGCCUCGCAUCGGCCUGAACCUCGACCUUGAGAAGGAGCUGGCCUGCAUUCAUCGCCACCUCAACCGUACUCGCGACAAGCUCGAAAAGUACCACGCCAGCCAUGAAGGAUUGAACAUUGAAAAGCUUUUCCCAGUGUUGGACAAGCUCAACCUCACUCGUGAUGAGCGUCUGUCUGAAAUGCAAGCCAUGCAAAAGAGCGCCGAUGAGGACUCGCGCCCGCGACUUCGCAGCAUGUACACGAGCCUCCCAACCACAACACCAACCGGCCCGAAUUCGUCCGAGUCUCGCUCCCGCUCGGCAUCUGCCUCGCUGCUUCAGCUUGAUAAGAUUGACGUGGCUGAGGUCGAAGGCGCCACUGCCAACUAAACUGAACGAAGCUGGCCCCUUUGUAGCAACGCUUCGACGAAUGUGUUUCUUGUUUUGUUUUUCUUUGUUUUGUUUUUGUGAGUGUGUGUGAGCGUCUGUGUGUCCCUUCUUUCUAAAUAACCCACCUCCUUCUUUCCUUUUCACUCUUCUGUCGUGCAGUGUGAUACCUACCGCUGUCGCUGCUGUAUUUUGGUGUGCAUUUUAUCCAAUCCUUGCUCAACUACAUUUUUGACAAAUAAAGUAUCGGUGACAUUGGAAA